AUGGCGCGGCGCCGCGCGCACCCGGCACGAAGGGCGGCGCGGGAGCCGCGGCCCUGCAGCGCCCCCCGGCGGCUCGGCGGAGCUCCCGCAAAUCCUGGCGCAGGCGCAGAAGCGGGCGGGGCAGUCGAGCGGCGGGGCCGCGCGCCGCGGGGGGGCGGCGUUCGCUCGGAGCGGCUGUGCCUGCUCGGCCUCGUUCCACGGCGGUGCUGCCGUCUCAGCCUCCGCUGCCGUCCGUCCCUUCUGUUCACGCUCCCGUGGGCGCCCCUCUCCUCGCGGCGCCUCUCCACGUCCGCGCCGCGCUCAACGCGGGCUGGAAGUCCUGCCCGGAGCACCGCCCGCUCCGCUGGCCGUGUCCGCCCGGUGCUGUCCCUCACGUCCCGGGGUAUCGCGGCGCCCCAGGCACACGGCGGGAUUCGGCCCCGCUGCUCCUGCAAACCGGCCGUGCGGAGCCCGCAGCGGGACGGGGCUCCCAGAGGUGGCAGCGCUUUGCUCCUCGGUUGCACGUUCACGGGGACGCAUCUGUGUUGUCCGUUGCAAGUUAGAAAUAGCAAGUUACAAAUAGCUCUGGGUAUAAAUGAAGGCCUCCUAGGAGCUCUCUUAAAGCCAGCGGUUACUGCUUCGGCAGCGCUGCCUCUGCCCGGCCCUGCCGUGAGGCCUGCUGAAAUGUCGCCCUGUGCAGCUGAGUGCAGGAAGGCACCGCGUCCAUCCCGGGAGAAGCUGUAGUUUUAAUCCCACCCAGUGAUGCUGUCUGCUUCACAUUAAGAUUUUAGACUGAUGUCUACAUUUCUCUUACCAUGGACAGUUGAACUAGUCAAGAUACAAAGAUAAGCUAUUGUGGUAGGAGGAUGGCCUAAGAAACUGAGAAAACAGCUGCUUUUGGAGAAGUCUUUGU